CUUCCUCCUCUUCCCCCAAUAUACUCUCCUUGAAUAUCUCUCUCCUCUCUCCCUCUCUCUCUCUCUCUCUACAUAUUUCUUCUCCAACAUUAUUCCAUUUUAUAGCUUCUACAUACAUAAACUGAAGAGUGUAGCGUAAGUAGAACAUGACAAUGAGCAACGGCAGCAUCGUCAGCGUUGGUGUUAACAAUAACAGCAGCAACAACAACAAUCCACUGUUGGCCGGGAUCGACACGACGCUCACGAAGGUGUUCGUUGGUGGUCUCGCGUGGGAGACGCCGAAGGAGGCCAUGAGAGAGCACUUCGAGAAGUAUGGCGAGAUCUUGGAGGCCGUCAUCAUCUCCGACAAGCUCACCGGCCGCUCCAAGGGCUACGGCUUCGUGACUUUUAAGGAUCCGGAAGCGGCGAAGAAGGCUUGCGAGGACGCCACACCUAUCAUCAAUGGCCGCCGCGCCAACUGCAACCUGGCCUCUCUUGGGGCCCGUCGCCCCAAGUCAUCUUCCACCUCUCCUCAGCCUGGAUCUACCGUCGGACCUAGGUUAAUGGCAUCAACACCAGCAGCAGCAGCAAACAAUCAGGUGCGGUGGUACUACUCGGCCGGGACCCCGCCGAUGCCUUACCACCAUCAGCACCAUCAGGCCGUCCCUUUCUAUGGGUACUCGCCCACCUACAUUACUCCUGAUAUGGGCUACAACCAUAAGCUGAGCUACACCGGCGAGGCGUACAUGAACGGCCACUACUCGCACCAUCACCAGGUCUACCCGGGGCAGGCUAUGGUGACGGGGGCGAAUGCGCUGAUGCCUAUGUACCCGCUCUAUCACUACCAUCAGUCCCACCACACCGUGGGCCUCCCCGCUGCACAUGUCUUCCAGCCGACCACCUCCGGCCCCAUUGCCACUGUGCCCGCUGCCCUCAUGUCCAAGCCUGCUUCUCUCGCUCCUAACUCAGUUUGCUUGGCUGUGGAAUAGGUACAGUUGGGGCAGUUCAUCAUCAUCAGGGCUUUAACAAGGCUAGCUGAAUGCACUUAAAAAAAAAAAAAGAAGCUAUCAUGGAAAAAAAUAAAAAUAAAAAUGAGGAUCUUCUUCUUCUUCUUCUCAGCAAAGUUGGGCCCCAAAUAACAAGACAGAGGUAGGGUGGUGGCUGCUCAGAACAACCUUAUUUUUAAUUCUGAUCAGUGGUGGCACUGCUUCUUCCUCCCCAUAUUCUUUUUCUUUAUUUAAUUUUCGAUUUUUUUUUUGUUAAUUCUCAAUUUAUUUGUUGUUAGGGACUGAUUCUUGAUCUGAUCAUGAGAUUCUUUAAUUCUCUUUCAUCCUGCUGUCAUCAUCAUCAUCCCUCUAACAUGGCACACCUCAACCUAUGAGCUGUGACCCCUUUCUUUAUUUAUUAGAAACAGAAGAAGCUGUAAGGAUUAUGUUGUAUUAUCUUAAUGUUAAUGGAAGGGCAUGUCCGGUAGUAUAUGCCCAUAUCUAAUGGGCAUGGCUUCUUCAUAUC